UGCUGAUCUAGUAUCCCUCGCCCCUUAGUCCUCCCACUCUCCCAACUGUAUUUAUACCUCCCCAACUGAAGCCUCACCACUUCACUUUCCCUUCACCUCUCCUUCUUCUCCAUCCCCAUAUCUCUUUCCUAUAACAGUCUCCCUGAAAACCUGAGCUUAAAUCUCUACUUCAUCAAUGGCAGAUCCUAACACCGGAAGAAUGUGGUGUUCGAUCCCGGAAAGGUUUCAGCUUCACAUAGCCAUGUUGGCCUUGCAAUUUGGCUAUGCUGGUUUCCAUGUGGUUUCCAGAGCCGCCCUUAACAUGGGCAUUAGCAAGAUUGUUUUCCCUGUCUACAGAAACAUUCUUGCUCUGCUUCUCCUCUUGCCUUUUGCCUAUUUCCUCGAAAAGAAGGAGAGGCCGCCGCUCACGCUCUCUCUUCUUGUCCAGUUCUUCCUCCUUGCUGUUGUUGGAAUAACUGCAAAUCAAGGAUUCUACUUGCUGGGAUUAGACCACACAUCCCCAACUUUUGCUUCAGCUAUACAGAACUCUGUUCCGGCUAUCACUUUUAUCAUGGCAGCAGUACUCAGGAUUGAACAAGUACGAUUAAAUAGAAAAGACGGGAUUUCCAAAGUAAUGGGAACGAUCCUGUGCGUCGUAGGAGCAUCAGUGAUCACCCUCUACAAGGGUCCCACCAUAUACAGCCCGACCCCGCCGUCACAGCGAGUCAACUCACCGAUCCUGCUCUCACUCGGAGACGCCAGUGGGAAGAACUGGACCCUGGGCUGCAUCUUCUUGAUCGGGCACUGCUUGUCGUGGGCCGCGUGGCUCGUUUUGCAGUCCCCGAUCCUGAAGAAGUACCCGGCCCGGCUCUCUUUCACCUCUUACCAGUGCUUCUUUGGUGUCCUACAGUUCCUGGUUAUAGCUGCGUUCCUCGAGAGGGACCCUCAGGCUUGGCUUAUUCACUCUGGUGGUGAGCUCUUGAGUGUCUUCUACGCGGGAGUGGUGGCAUCAGGGAUAGCAUUUGCUGUACAGAUAUGGUGCAUUGACAGGGGUGGCCCUGUGUUCGUGGCUGUUUAUCAACCUGUUCAGACCCUUGUUGUUGCCAUUAUGGCUUCCCUUGCUUUGGGUGAAGAGUUCUACUUGGGGGGGAUCAUUGGCGCGGUGUUGAUCAUAACUGGGUUGUACUUCGUCCUCUGGGGCAAAAACGAAGAGAGAAAGUUUGCGGCAGCAACACAGAAGGCUGCGAUUCCGUCCCCCUCGGACCACGGCAACAACCAUGCACCAAGCCACAUCAAGUCGUCCCUUGCUCAGCCUCUCCUCCCUCAGUCAACGGAAAAUGUUUGACCACCAAAUCCUUUGAAAUUCCACUUUUAACUAUAAGUGCUUGCUGGCAUACCAAAAGACUAUAAGUGCUUGUUUGUAUCAAUUAAGUUCAUCUUCUAGGUUCAUUUUUUAGGUUUUCUUAAUGGCUUUCUCUCACUAGGAAAUGGGCGUUAUGAGAGAGAGAGAUGGGGGGAGGGAUGAAUGAGAUGGUGAUGAUAUUUACUAUCUUUUGAUUUGAGUGGUGGGGAAUGGAUGUUGCUUAUGGUUUUAAAUUUUCUUAUAUGGUAAUUUGAUGGGUUUUUUCACUAGAAAA